UGCGGGAGUGUACUACACGGUUCUCGCCAUGGUCAAAUACGUGCUUCACUACUACAAAGCCCAGGGCCGCGCUGAGAGCAUUCGGUUGGCUUUCAAGCUGGCUGGAGUGGAAUUCGAAGAGGUGAACUUCACAUUCUCAGAAUGGCCGGAGAUCAAAGACAAAUAUCCAACCCAGCAAACUCCUGCACUGGAGGUGGAUGGAAAAAUGCUGUGCCAGAGUAAAACCAUCCUGCGGUAUUUGGCCAAGGAAUUCGGAUUUCAAGGAAAGACAAACUUGGAGUGUGCCUUCAUAAACCAGGCUAUGGACGUGGUCGAGGACAUCUGGGCAGAAGCUAACAUUGUUUUUCAAGGGCCCAAAGAGAGUAGGGCAGAAAGGGCUGCACACUUUUUGAAAGAAACGGUCCCACUCGUCUACGCAACAUUGGAGCGAUCACUCACGAUGGAGCCAGCUGGGAAUUUUUUCGUUGGAAACUCGAUCACUGCCGCCGAUCUCUUCUUCUUCACCGCGGUCGACUUCGUGGAUGUUUUGUCAAAGGGUGCCAACUCGUUGGAGAAGUUCCCCAAGCUGGACACCCUCAAGAGACGGAUCGCCGCCAACCCCAAGAUCGCGGCGUGGCUGGCUGUCAGACCGCCUGAGGUUUCGCUUUCAGGAUAAAAAAAAGUUUCACAUGGGAUACCUGACGAGUGAAAUGAUUGCUUCUGCUUAGUUUACCUUUAGAACGCUUUUUCUCUAGACUGCUGAAAUUGCCGAUGCAUGAUAGCUACUGUUUAUCAAGGCUUCGAAUCACCAGCGUCACGGAAGAGAGAGGGGUAGGAAAAAUGGACAAGUAAGAAUAGCGGAAAAGCAAAACAACACAGAAGGGUUGAAAGUGGAUGAAAACCAACAAGUUUGUGCCAAAAAAUGCCUUGAAAAUGACGACCUCUACAAUUAUCAACCGUUUUACCGGUUUGAGUGAGCUAGUAAUGUCGGAGUAGAUCGUUAAGUCUCUGGCAGCUAUCAAAUCUAUCAGAAAAACAGGUGAUUAUUCACAGGUUAAUUUUAUAACAAUUAUAGUAGUUCUCAAUCUAGUGCCUGUAACUUCGUUUUCCCUCUUCUAUGACGUCAAUAAAAACAAAAAAACAAACAUCUAGGGCCAAUUUCAUAGAGCUACUUAAGCACAAAAUUUGCUUUAAGCGUGAAAAAACCUUGCUUGACAAAUCACUUUACCAGCCAAAACUCCUGUAUGUUGUUUUGGAAUAGUAUUCACCUGUUGCUUAGUUAGCAUGACAAUAACAGAGAUUUCGAGCAGGAAACCUAUGUUUUUAAGCAAGGUUUUUUGUGCUUAAGCAACUCUAUGAAAUUGGUGCCAGAUGAUGAUUGGGUUCAGCCCGGUCCUUUCCAUUCAAGGAUUCUCUAGCCGCUGGAAAUCGAGGCGGAAUAUGUUCUGCAUAAUCUGUGACACAGUCAUGACACAAAUCGACCUUGAAACUGUGGAUUUAUCAAGUCGAACAAACAUUCACUAUUCAUUGCACAUUUGCCUGUGUUUUCCACAAUUUUAUUUAGUACGACCUUGUUUCAGCGUGAUAUCAUCUUCUUGUGGUUUAACACGCCAAGCAAUUCAUACAGUAGUUUCUACAGAACUAACUUCAAUAAAGCUAAACAAAAUUACAACCAGAAAUAUUUUGCAAUGCUGAAAUGAGUUUUAAGGACAGAAUAAUAAACCGGUUCGCAAGUCUCGUACGAUUUAUACACACACGGCAAGCAAUAAAUGAUGUUAAAAACCUUCUCA